AUGCCUGGCCUAAGAUCCUCCAACAGGACUACUCCACGAAGGAAGUACACCGUCGAUGCUUUCGAAGGAAUCGACGCACUGCAAUCAUCAAGUGCAAGCGGCAGCGGAGACGAAGACUCUCAAGGUGACGAGUCGUCUGACCAGGAUGGGCGACACGAAGAGGACUAUCGGGCGGAGGGCGAGGCGGCCGAAUCUGAUGAUGACUCGAUGUCUGGCGUCGAGGAGCUAGGCACCAUUGAGGACGAAGCAGAAGGUGGCAGUGAUGCUGGGGAGUUACUUCUGGACGAGGACAUAUCCAUCGCUGAUGACCCUCUACCCGGCGCAUUCGGCAAGAAGGGCAUCCCCAAAGCACCUAAAUUGGUGAGUCGAGAUUCUGAAGGUCAAGCAUUGUACUACCGUGGCGUGCCCGAGCAGAUCCACAACAGGAUCAACAAGCUGGAGAGAGUGACUUACUUCUUUGGUCCCACCGAAGCGGAUCACGGACCUUUGGCUCAAGCAUUCCAAAGAUGGAGUGGCGAGCCUUGUCUACCAAGUCGGCAGGCUCGAGCAGGCGGCAGAGGUGGCUUGACGUACCUAGCAGCCCACAGGCAAGAAGUCCAGGACUCUGAACGUAAUUGGAAGUGGUACACUGAAGGUGGAGGUCGUGAGCUGUUUCAGCAGCGACAGCUUUCGCAAGCGAUCAACGCUACAGAGGCUCGGGGCUAUCUUUCGAGUGACUGCCUUAGAGAUCGCAGCUUCGUCAUGGGCCCGCUGAACCAACGGAGACUGUACAAGAUGCGCCCAACGCAAUAUCUGACACUUGCUGAGCCAUUCGCAGAAGUGGCACAAGCUGGUAGACCGGCUCGCAAACUCCCGCCUGCAUACAAGGCAGGCUACAUACUCAACCUCGGAGCCAGAGUCGGCUGUCUUGCGUGGACACCAAGUCAUUUGGGAUCAAAGCAGUACCUGGCAGUCUCUGUCGUACCCGAGCGACAUAACGACCAAGGCCCUCCGAUACAAAGAGAAUCUGCAUUCAAACCUCAGACUCCACAUGAGUCGAGCAUACAGCUGUGGGAGCUCACAGCGCACAAGGACAAUUACAUUGAUACUACCGUGCCGCCACAGCUCCGUCGUGUGCUAUGCGCUGCCAUGGGAGAGGUGCGAUGCCUGGAAUGGUGCCCUGUACCCUUCCAACCUUCUGGUCGCUUGGGUCUAUUGGCGUGCAUAUCGUCUGAUGGGGCGCUGCGAGUGUACGCUUUGGCCGAGCCAGCUACUGGUGCUGGAACCAUAUACACAUUGGUCGAGCAAGCCGCGUUCGAGGCUAGGCCACCAGACACAGUAUGUACGUCGUGCGCCUGGAUCAGCUCAUCUCGCAUAGUUGCAUCUUGCGCGAACGGCUGCAUCGGUGUGUGGGACAUCGCGAAGAGCAUCAAGCUUGGUAGCGUCAACCCAAGACCCGAGCUUUAUACCUCGCUCUGCACCACAUACAUCCUCAAAAUUAUCUCCGGCUAUCCAUCAUUGCCUCAUCUCGUCACCACAACCGCGAUGGACGGCCACACUCGCCUCACAGACAUCUCCAGCCCAACGCCAGCAUCGCCAUCAGGAACCGCAGUAACACAACGAGCACGAAUAGGUCAACCCACCCUUGCCUGGCACGACUCAUCACGCGCCGUCUUGAGCGUCGAAGACAACGGCACCGUUCGCGCUGCUACCGUCAAGCGCUUCUUCAGCACUGUCGGUAUUGGUAGAGUGAAAAGCCAAGCAACGUGCAUAGGCGUAAGCCCCUGCCACCCAUGCACACUCAUAGGCACCACCAACGGUGACACCGUCACCAGCAACCCUAUCAACCGCAUAGCCCGCGGCGGCAGAACUCCCAUCCACCAACAACCUUGGUUCACACACGAAUGGCGCGAGCCGACCGAGGAGGAGCGAGUCGCUGCUGAGAAUGACGAUGGCCAGAAUAGUAAUAGUGCCAAGGUCAUUGCUGGCAAGGACGGGUUGACGAGGAUUACGGAGGGCUUCAAGGCGUACCAGGUCUCGAUGAACAAUCAGGGUGCCCUUGGUGGUGUCAAUACGAAGAAUGGAGUUCCGUAUAACACGAUCUUCGAGGAGCGGACUGCUGUUACUGCCGUAGCCUGGAAUCCGAAUUUGCAUGUGGGAGGAUGGGCGGCUGCGGGUAUGGCGGAUGGACUUUUGAGGAUUGAGGAUCUUGCUUCUUGA